GGCCAUGGCCGACUACGGCGAGCCCCCGGAGAUCACAUCGCUUCGUACGAAUCUCACUUACAUCACUGACACGGUGACGGUCCGGGACAAUCUACAGUGGUUUUCAAACUGCCUCGUGGAGAAAGCCUUCAUGCCCAGAGGGCCGCGCAGGCAAUCCUCGGCGGCGGAGCCACGCCCGCUACAAGGCCGGGUCAGCUUAUUGACGGGGUUUUCGCUGUAAUCCGAACGUCGGACAGGAAGAGCCACUGGUUUGCUGAGUUCGUAUCUAUUUUCUCCACCGACCGAGCCUACGCAGAACUAGUCGAGAAACUGAAACGCCACGUCGUCCAAACAGACCAGCAACAACUACAAUCUCCCAUUCCAGCCAGCCCUUCCGCUAGUUCAUCUCUACACGUUCCUGCGUCUUCAGGCACCACACCAGCCAUUAGUUCUGAGGAGUCUCCUGCCCCAUCAUCCACCACCACCACAUCUUCUUCACCUCCCGUCCCACCUCCACCUGCUCCCCACAACCCUUCCACCCACUCCUUCUGGAGUCCGGAGAAGGUCAAGGCCACCAUUCAGGAGCUGGAGGCAAAGUUCCUUGACCUCAAUACUGACGCUGAGAAAGAAAUUUGUGAAAAAGAGGCUCGAGACAAGAAUUUUCUCAGAAAGUUUCGCAAAUACCUUCAACUUCUUCCGGCUGCCAAGAAGGCACCUCAUGUCAGGUUCUUCCGUGAAUGUGAGCAGGAAAUUCUCGGUGCCAAAGAUGCUCAGGCAAUUCUCGCCAUUCUCUGUCGCUACAUCGAUUACCGCAACUACGGGAUUCUGCGUGACAUAGUCCUCAAGUUCUGUGGCCCUCCACUGCAGACCAGCAUGCAGGACUACUGCAAGAUGUUGGAGGUGUUUGAAACCUCUACAUCAGUCGACGUGUACAUCAGCACUGUUCCAGAUGAGGUGACAGAAGACCAGAAGAAAGCAUUCUCUGAAAUGGUCGUGAAGAUUGACAAGCCUGCGUCGCAGUGUACACUGCAUGAUGUUCGAAAGCUCAACGAAGCAAUCAUUGCAAAUUCAGGUCUCUGUCCUCACAGUGUUUACAUCAGUGGAGUGGCCAACAAGUGUGUGGAGGUGGUGGUGAGGUUUCCUCCCAGUGUGGUGGGCUGGGUACUGGCAGCUCUGACCCCCCACUUCAUGACCACCCACCAUCUGUCAGAGGUGACUCUGGAUGGCAGCCAACUCUCCCUCCUACAAGACCUCAGAUAUGACCUGAAUGAUAAGCUGAUUAUUGCUGGUAGAGCAGGACAAGUGAUGAGAGCUGCGUCCCUUCUCAACAGUGGAGCUGACAUCCAGACUGAGGACUGGUUGUCACAGACUCCGUUGGACUGGGCCAGUCGGUAUAGUCAUCUCCAAGUGGUUCGUCUUCUGGUAUCAAGAGGAGCUCAGCUUAACCACCAGGAUCUGGCUGGGUGCUCAGCAGUGAUGCUAGCAGCUUGGCAUGGUCACACUAAUGUUGUUGUGGAGCUGGUGAAAGCAGGAGCCAACUUGGACCUACAGUCUAAUUAUGGGAGCUCAGCACUAAUGAUGGCAGCCAGAGGUGGUCUUACUGACAUUGUUGUGGAGCUGGUGAAAGCAGGAGCCAACUUGGACCUUCAGAAUAAUGAUGGUGACUCAGCAGUGAUGCUAGCAGCGAGAGGUGGUCACACUGGUGUUGUUGUGGAGCUGGUAGAAGCGAAAGCCAAUUAUUACCUCCAGAAUAAUGAUGGGGACACUGCCUUGACUCUAGCAGCCAGUGGUGGUCACACUGAUAUUAUGGAGCUGAUUAAAGCAGGAGCCAAUUUUGACCUACAGAAUAAUAGUGGGUUUUCAACACUGAUGCUGGUAGCCAGAGGUGGUCACACUCAUUUUGUUGUGGAGCUGGUGAAAGCAGGAGCCAACUUGGACCUACAGUCUAAUUAUGGGAGCUCAGCAGUAAUGAUGGCAGCCAGAGGUGGUCUUACUGACAUUGUUGUGGAGCUGGUGAAAGCAGGAGCCAACUUGGACCUUCAGAAUAAUGAUGGUAACUCAGCAGGGAUGCUAGCAGCGAGAGGUGGUCACACUGACAUUGUUGUGGAGCUGGUGAAAGCAGGAGCAAAGUUGGACCUUCAGAAUGAUGAUGGUGACUCAGCAGUGAUGCUAGCAGCGAGAGGUGGUCACACUGGUGUUGUUGUGGAGCUGGUGGAAGCGAAAGCCAAUUAUUACCUCCAGAAUAAUGAUGGUGACUCUGCCUUGACUCUAGCAGCCAGGUGUGGUCACACUGAUACUGUCGUGAAACUGGUGAAAGCAGGAGCCAAGUUGGACCUUCAGCGAAAUGAUGGAGACUCAGCACUAAUGAUGGCAGCUGAAAAUGGUCACACUGGUGUUGUUGUGGAGCUGGUAAAAGCAGGAGCCAACUUGGACCUACAGAAUAAGGAUGGAGACACAGCAGUCAUAAUGGCUGUAAAGAGUCAUGAACCAGCCACUCUCAGGGAGCUAGUGAGGGCAGGGAGUGACCUCAACCUCCAGAACAGUGAGGGGCUCACUCCACUAAUGAUAGCUGCCAGGAGUGGGAGAACUGACAUUACUAACAUUCUACUGGAGGGAAAACACAUCAACCUGGACAUUCAGGAGAAGGGAACAGGACGGUCAGCCCUCCAUUUCUCUGCUGAGAGAGGAGAUGCAGCCUUGACUCGAGCAGCCUGGCGUGGUCAUGCCGAUAUUGUUGUGGAGCUAGUGAAAGCAGGAGCCAAUUUGGACCUUCAGAGAAAUGAUGGAGACUCAGCACUAUUGGAGGCAGUUAAAAAUGGUCACACUAAUGUUGUUGUGGAGCUGGUGAAAGCAGGAGCCAAGUUGGACCUACAGAAUAAGGAUGGAGACACAGCAGUCAUAAUAGCUGUAAAGAGAUGUAAACCAGUCACUCUGAGGGAGCUAGUGAGGGCAGGGAGUGACCUCAACCUCCAGAACCAGGAGGGACUCACUCCACUAAUGAUAGCUGCCAGGAGUCGGAACAGUCAUAUUAUGACUAACAUUCUACUGGAGGGAGAACACAUCAACCUGGACAUUCGGGAGAAGAGAACAGGAUGGUCAGCUCUCCACUUCUCGGUUGAGAGAGGAGAUGCAGCUACCACAGAAGCACUGCUCAAGGCAGGAGCUAAUCCUCACCUCAAAGACAAGAAUGGAGACACAGCAGUCAUAAUGGCUGUAAAGAGACAUGAACCAGCCACUCUGAGGGAGCUAGUGAGGGCAGGGAGUGACCUCAACCUCCAGAACCAGGAGGGACUCACUCCACUAAUGAUAGCUGCCAGGAGUUGGAACAGUGAUAUUACUAAGAUUCUACUGGAGGGAGAACACAUUGACUUGGACAUUCAGGAGAAGGGAACAGGACAGUCAGCCCUCCACUUCUCUGUUGAGAGAGGAGACUCAGCUACCACAGAAGCACUGCUCAAGGCAGGAGCUAAUCCUCACCUCAAAGACAAGGUUUGGGAAUCUAUGUGGUUAAGGUGCCUUUUUAAACAUGUACCUUGUCACUAAGUACGGUAGUAUACUUAGUAUAACAAGUAAGUGACCUCAACCUCCAGAACCAGGAGGGACUCACUCCACUAAUGAUAGCUGCCAGGAGUUGGAAAACUGACAUUACUAACAUUCUACUGGAGGGAGAACACAUCAACCUGGACAUUCAGGAGAAGAGAACAGGAUGGUCAGCUCUCCACUUCUCUGCUGAGAGAGGAGACUGCAGCUACCACAGAAGCACUGCUCAAGGCAGGAGCUAAUCCUCACCUCAAAGACAAGGUCUAGGAAUCUAGUAUAUACAACCUAAGCUUACUCUAUCCUCCACAAGCCCACCCAUUUUAGUUUUACGA